AUGCCCCCGGGUGAGGAGGACCGCGGGCAUCAACCUGCAAGGACACCACCGCCUUGCAAUCGCGACGAGGCGGAUGCCCAGCUCAACGAUCUGCUACGCGAACGUGGUCUGUACUCGAACGAUGGAAUUGCGGAUGGUUUUAAACACGGAAUCAUUCAUAGGUCGCUGGAGAUUCUUUCACAGCAGCUUUACAGCACAGAAACUCGCUUCAUUCAUGAGAUUAUCCAAAACGCCGAUGACAACGCAUACGGCAAGAGCACUGCGCGUGGAUCACUCCCGAGUUUCUCACUGAGUCUAAAGGUUCAUGACACUGGCAACAGCAGCCCUGUCCGCAACAGAACCGGGCACAAAAAGUACGUUCCGGAGACCAGCUGCAACGAGGAUGGAUUUUCCAUUGCGCAGAUUGCUGCUUUGACCGAUAUUGGAGCUAGCACGAAGACGAAGUGCAAGGAUGUCCAUGGAGGAUUCACUGGCGAGAAGGGGGUCGGCUUCAAGGCAGUCUUCCGCGUUGCCGAUGCUGUUUAUGUUGCCAGUGGCCAUUACCACUUCAAACUCGACAACAGCCAAGGCAUGAUCGGAGCCCUACGCCCACUCCCAUUCUCCUUCCCGGCACCCGGGCCCAUCUCUGAUUCCACGCGUAUGAUGGUCGAGCUGAAGAGCCAAGCAGAGUAUGAAUCUAUCAUGGGAGAUCUGGGAAAGGUUCAUCCGGAAAUCCUCCUCUUCCUCCGCCGUUUGAGGCAAAUCUCGCAACACACCGCGAAUACGACAAUGAGUACCAAGGCGAAAUGA